AUGAAACGAUUUUUUGUGGCCAAAAAUUUUAUACAAACCUUACGCUUCAUCUACUACAUGGCUAAGGCGUUGGGAUUGAUUUCGUUUACAGCAAAUUUCGAAACAUCUACCAUCCGACGUAGCUUCAAAGAUAUGUUGAUUUUUGUAGCAUAUAUGUUUGUCAAUUGUUUCCUGGUUAUGAAAGCAGGGUUCACAAGUGAAAGAGAAAAUCAGCUGUUCUAUGAUUCGUCGCUCAUCCAGUUCAUUUUCAACAUGUUUCUCGCUCUGCAGCAGUUUGCUUUGCUGGGCAUACCAAUAGUUAAUUACAUAAAUGCUUAUAAAUACCAUAAUUUAAUGCUAUGCAUCACAGAAGUUGAUGGCGAGCUACAGAAGCUUGGCUACAAACAUGACUACAGUGCAGAGUAUUUAUUUAGCACCGUGUAUUUGGCAGGAUCUUUGGCCUGUCAAAUUGGCUGCCUUGUCGGAACUUUGUUCACGAAUCCUUAUUUAGGCAAUGUGGAAACAGCAAACGACUUAGUUAGACUUUUGGCUUUCAUCAUGGGAAAUUUGGUGUUCAUUACAAGCUGCUGUUACUGUUGCGCUUCUCUCUGGGCGUUGGUUUACCGUUAUCACAAAAUCAAUUGUACAUUUAGCUUGUAUUUCCACACCGAGCUUGGCUCAAAAAAACUAUUGUUGCCGUUAUGUGAGCAACACACUAUCAAAACCAUAGCGAUUUUGUACUUGAAGAUAGGCACUGGAGUACAAAUGUGUAAUAACUGUUUUUUUAUUCACAUAUUUUAUAUCUUAGCGAGUGCCUUUGGAUUAAAUUUAGUGUGUUUUUUUACUAUUAUACACGUAAUUUUAUUAAAAAAUAUCGAUAAUAAGAUUACUGAUUCUAUCACACUUUCACAAUUAUUUCUAAGUAUUUUUUACCUCAUAGUUAUAUUACAAGUGAUAUUUGCUGGAAGCUUGUUACACAAGAAGGCGCAACAAACUGCUUUAAUACUACAUAAAGCUACAAUUUAUAAUGUUAGCAAGUCACGAAUUAUCAAACAGCUACGAUCGUUCUCUGUACAAUUAUCCCACCAGACUCCAAAAGCAUCCUGUUAUUUCUUUGAUAUUGACUGGAAAUUUUUGCUCACGAUGAUUUCUUCUUUUGCCACAUACUUGAAUAUUCUUGUUCAAUUUGAUAUCAUACAAUUGAGGGUAUCUUUUUCGAAUAAAAAUUUGUCAAUUGACUAUUUCAAAUAAAUAUAAUUUUUCAACAAAAAACAACUAGCGGGAAGUAUUACAUCAGUUUUUAGAUUAGAAUAAUCUAGUAGAAUGGAUGCUGCUAGAAAAUGAAAAAAGGAGACAUCAAUGUUCACAGUACGAUAAUGCAUUGCAAGAAUACUA